AUGGAAGAUUCUAAUUCCUAUGUUACACCUUUGAAGAGAUCCUAUGUUACUCCUUUGAAGAGAGUAUCUAGUGCUCAUAUAUCUCCCCUUGAAGCUCUUCCUCAUGAUAUUCUGUUACGUGUUUUGCGUGGUGUUGACCAUGAUGAUUUGGAACAACUUUUUUAUGUGUCUAGAACAAUUAGAGAAGCGUCACUAGAUGUGGAGGAAUUACAUUUUAAUUUUAGCACACCAACAAAUCAUCACAUUAAAGUUGAAAGUCCAAAAACACCAUUCAUCGUGAAACAACCAAGAGAGGAAGAGUCAAAGUUCAAUUUGGAGGAUUUCACCAAAAAAAGAAAAAAAAUCAAUGUGAAGGAUAUCUCAACGGUAUUGUUUUGUGCCACAAGUUGA